AUAGACAUUACAACCAGAGACUACUUUGGAGAAGAUAAACAUUGUAUCGUUUUGACGCUCUUUUGUGAGUGGUCCGACGGAUUUAUCUUUCUUAUCUGUGGACUGGGGAGAGUUAAGAGUAUUUCAUCUCAAUAGUGUCUUAUCCUCAUUUUUUUAACAGAUAACGACCAGGGCCGGUGGUGACAUUCUCUAGUGACAUGGAAAUGCUCUUUUGGUGGAUUUUGAAGACAACUGAUUAAAAUAGAUCGCGUAAAUUUGAACUCACUUCUCUAGUGGCAAAAACAUGGAGGCUCCAUCAAGCUUUCAGCCUCAUCCCGGACUUCAGCAAACUCUGAAGCAGUUUCAUUUGAGUUCCAGGAGCUCCCUUGGUGGACCAGCGGCGUUCUCCGCUCGGUGGCACCAGGAAAUUCUCUUCAACAAAGAUGGAAAAACAGCUGAACUGAUGCUGGCCAUGCCUCCCCUGACACCCCAGGUUUUGUCGGGGCCGUUGUUCAUUCCAUCCGACCGCUCCAUCGAAAGGUGCGAAACUGUCCUGGAGCGCGAGACAAUUUCUUGUUUCGUGGUCGGCGGCGAGAAACGGCUGUGUCUGCCGCAGAUUCUCAACAGUGUCCUGCGGGAUUUCUCGCUUCAGCAGAUAAACUCGGUGUGCGACGACCUGCAUAUCUACUGCUCCCGGUGCACUGCGGACCAGCUGGAGAUCCUCAAAGUCGUGGGUAUCCUGCCCUUCUCUGCCCCAUCAUGCGGACUGAUCACCCAGACGGAUGCUGAGCGCCUCUGCAAUGCCCUCAUUUACUGUGGUAUCUACCCUCCUCACUGCAACAAAGAGCUGUCUGGCUCCCUAGAGUUGGAGAGGACGGAAAAAAGCUUCAAAGUAUACCACGAAUGUUUUGGUAGGUGUAAAGGGUUAUUUGUCCCAGAACUGUAUACCAGUCCCAAUACCGCCUGUAUCCAAUGCAUGGACUGCAGACUCAUGUACCCCACUCACAAGUUUGUGGUCCAUAGUCACAAAAGACUAGAGAACCGGACAGUUCACUGGGGGUUCGACUCGGCUAACUGGCGGGUCUAUGUUCUCCUGGACCCGGACUAUACAGGGAAAGAAGAGAAGGCUGUCCUGGAUCAGAACCUCAAAGAAAUGAAAGGCAAAUUUGACUUCGUGAACAAGUUCUCAAACAAAUCAUGCCGUUCUCACAGCCCAGUUCCAGCCAAAAAGUCCAAACUGGUGAAACUACGCUCUCCAUCAGCUGACAAAGAGAAGCAACCUGAUUGGUUACAAUCUCUAUCAAAGUCAGCGAACAAGGAUCUGAAACGGGUCCAGCUGAAACAGAGGUCGUCAGCCUUCCGCCCCUGGUCCUCCAGAAGUCCAUCUGCUGAAAAGGAGAAGUCUACUAGUCACAAUGAGAGAUUCAUCCACAAAAACAUAGACACGUCUGUAGUGCCAAAUGUGGCCCCAGCUCUGUUGGCCUACCAGAGAGAGGAGCAGGCCCCUGUGGGCCACAGUCAGUCUCUAGCCAGGGGAGACCAGCACAUCAGCUCCAGACCAGCACCACAGUGUGGAGAAUCCCAGCCUGGGCCCAGACCUGUCCACAUCAACACCAACACUAAUAACACAGCCAACGGUGUGGAGGACAUGGAGACUGACAGGGAGAUUGAGGUGGACGACUGUGAUGACUACCCACCAUUGGUCCCCUCCUUGGCAUCCCCUCCAUCUGCCUGUUCCAGUGUGUACCAGACCCUGACCCCUCAGACCACCGUGAGGCCUCUGGAGGGCCCAGUCCGGCUGGUAUUACCAAGGGAACCGUCAUGCCCAGAGCUGGACACGCUGAGACAGACCCUGUAUGGAUGCCUGGACUCCAAGGAGGCCAGGGAGAAGUUCCUGCAGGAGAUUAUUCAAAUGAGAGUGAAGCAGGAAGAGAAAUUGGGGGUUGCUCUGCAGGCCAAACUUAGUCUUCAGCAGGAGCUGGAGUUUGUGAGGGUGUCCAAGAAGGGGCGUCUUCGAGAGGCCAUCGAGGCCAAGCACAAUCUGAGGAAAGAGAUAGAUCACCUGCACAUGGAGUGGGACAGGAAGAUGAGGGAGGCUGACGAGUCCCGUGGCCAUCUGAAAAGAGAGCUGGAGAGAGAGAUACAGUUACGGGUCUGCGACAAAGGCUGUGAGGCUGAACGCCUGCGAUCCAAGUACUCCAUACAGAUUAAAGAGCUGCAGGUACAGCUGCAUCAGGCGGAGGCAGACCGAGAGCAGCUGAGAGAGGAGCUGCAGCAGGAGAGGGAGGCGCGGCAGAGCCUGGAGAGGGUGGUCAAGGACCUGCAGGCUCAGCUGGGAGGCCCACAGGACAACGCCAUGAACCCCGAACACACUAGCACAGAGACACACAGACAGACAUAACACCCCAAUGGAUCCUAAAGAUGCAUGCAGUGUACUGGAGUCAAAGACGUAAUGGAAGAAGCUGGAUACAGACUGAAUUGCGCCUCUUGUUAAGGGAAAGAAAUUCAGUAAAUUAAAGAUGUUUGUUGGAGCAAAGUCAAUAUGUUUUCAUAGUAUGAAAAAUAAAUCUUCUGAUUACUGAUAUGGUUAGUGAUAGGAUAGAAAUGGACAUUAUUAUAAUAAUAUAUGAACUUCAUAGGGUGAACUGGAUAGAAGCAUGAAUACACAUGACGUACAGCCUACAGAUGAUAAGAAAUAAACUACAUAGAAGACACCUCACAAGUGACUUUAGAGCCCUCAGUCAGAUUCCUGAAGCUUUUUAACGAUUUUAUUUUGGUAUAAGCUAUUUAAAAAUGUAGAAAUAUAGCUACAUAAUGUUACUUGAAUAUAAAGGAGGAGUGAUUGUUUUCAUGAAAUGACAGCAGCAGAUGUAACUCUUGCUUGUGCCACACAAUCUCGGUACACUUUAAGGUAUUACAAACCACUGAAAACAAUGGACACCAGUUGACCACUAUUUACUUCAUUCAACCGAUCAGUUUGCUUAAUUCUAAUGUUUUCAUUUUGAUGUUGUACAGGAAAUGUUGUCUGAGCAGCACUGCUAUCCUACAGGCAACGCUCACAUACAUAUUUACACAUUCACAUACAAACAUAUAGGCCUAUGUAUACCAGCUUCUCUACCGUGUGUAUUUGUGUUCUUGUAUUUAAAGCCUGAAGUAUUUGGGAUUGUGUGGUCUGGAAUCAGUUCCAGCCACCUUUUUGUUCUCAUCUUAAAUAUUUUAUGAAAGUGUUACUUUUUACAAUCCUUAUACAACUUAAUAUGUUUUGUUUUUUAAUUGUUUUGAGAUACAGCAUAUUGUGUAUGAAACCAAACCAUGUGACAAAUGUUUAAAUGUGCUUGUCCAUGCUAAAAUGGAGUUCCGCCCACAUAAAACACCUUUGAUAAAGCUUUCUCUUUCUCUUUGGUGAAUUGAGGUAUUUCCAAUUUUGUAUCGAGUACUGUAAAAUAAUUUAUAUCCUGAAAUAAUUUCCUGCUUGUCAAUUAUAAGCAGCAUACCUUUUUAGUCACUGGUUUUAGGGCUCUUUGAAAAAGCAACAUGUGCUGUUUAUAUGAACAACAUUUCUACAUAUACAAAAUAUGGAUAUAUUUUUUUACUUUACUAAAAGUAAUUGCACUUUAAAAAAAUAAAAUUGCAUUGUGCAUUUAA